AAUGUUGUGAGAGAUUCAAAAGAAAAGAUUCGAUUCAAACGAUCCGCGUUUUUUGAAAUCGCAUCGCAUCGGUUACAGAAUGAAUCACUGAAGCUUCAGAUGCUGAUCGGCAGAAAUGAGUGAUAAACAUCGAUCACAGACGGAGGAGAACAAAACCGACUCGAUCAGAAACACCACAGCUAUGUUGUCCGGUGCUGCAGCAGGUCCAUCCAAGUCCACAAACUCCUCUGAUGUUCUCUCACCAGCUUACAGAGCCAUAAAACAGCUGGAAUUAACGCAACAGCAGCAGACAAAUGCAGCCAAACUCGACUGCAAGGUGAAACCAGAGCAAGAGUGUGUUGGAAGCCUUGCUGGUGGUCAGAGAGGUCACCGCCAAAACAAGAGCAUCGCCGCCGCUCACCCAGCCAUCUACCUAAACACACGCUCUCACAAACUGCUCAGGAGGGCAGUACGGAUAUGGAAGAUGCCCGUUCCCAUAUUGAACUUCACAGGGUCUUCGAAGCCGAAGCCCAGAAACUUUCGAGAGCAGCUGAAGCGAGUGGAAAUGCUUCGGAAUCAGCCUGGAGACAAUCUGAAGCCGACGGCUCGCUCCGUCAGAGACCUGCAGCUGUGCAGUUCAGGGACAGACUCGUCUCCGUCUCCCUCCACCUCCUCCGAGUCUCCCUGCAAACGCACGGCCCACAUGUACCGCACCCGCAGAUACAGGAGACAGUUACAGUGGUACCGCAUGCUGUCCCACAACAAGAGAUGCAAACAGGGUGAUGAGAAACUGCACAGACUGGAGUAUCAGGAUGAUCGGAGAGAUUCAUCGUCGACCCAGUGUACUCCAGUAAUCCGGGCGCCAGCAAGAAAAACCAGUCGCCGGUUGUGGCGCCGCCAGCUGGACAGCAGCAGUUCCGACAGCAGCCCGAUGACCGCUAACCCGGUCAACAAGAGCAGCGUGAGACCGGACACACCUGCGGCUCACGGGACGGACAAACAGAGAAAACACAAAAGGGUCUCCUUUUCUUUUCCUGAAGAGUCGAAGACAUCAAAUUGUUCAUGGACUGAGUUUGACGUCCUUGAUGGUAUUUCUAAUUUCAGCAAUGAAGCUUCUGCAUCUAAACCGGCCGUCCAAACCACUGAGAAACUGACUCCUCAAACAUCUCUAAAGAUUACUGCAACCAACAUGGAAGAACUAAACUCUCCACAUCUACAGUUUGACUCUGAAGCGUCUUUAGUUUCACAAAUGAAAGACGAACUCAAACAUUGUGAGGACAUUAAACAGCAGACCAUUUCACUUCAGAUCAAGAUGCCUUCAUGCUUCGCCUCCAGACGCUCACAGUCUAACACAGACGCUCUUCAGAAAGCAGACACUCCCCGACCGAAGUCCUGUGUGAAAUGGAAGAGCGUCCUGCUGCAGAGAGCACAAUGUUCUGCUAGUGCUCCGUCUGAGAAUCCAUACCCAACACACCGAUCCUGGAGCACAUUUACACCGGCAGACUGUUCAACUCCUGAAGGAGGAAGUGAUGCGGACCGACCUGACAAGAAACCACAGAGUUCAGCUGAAGAUCAGGUGGAGAGCAGUUCUUCUGGAGACUCAUUGAUACCACAGUAAAGGAACGAUUGAGGAACUUUUGAUUCUUUCAAGAAUUAAAGUCUAAUUUGUUCUUUAUUAUCAA